CCCCUACCGGGGUCUCUGUGGAGCCGUGGACGCGCCUGCUUUGAGCAUCUCUGGUCCGCUAGGCGUGAGGCCCUGGGGCUGCGGCUCCCGCCGCCGCCGCGGCUCGCACCCACCUCGACAUGGCCAGCUCCCGAGAGGACAUGUCCAGCGAUGGCGACGCGCCCCCUGCAGCGGCCGAGAUGACGGCCAGUGUGCACCUGCUGGGCUUCUCCGACGAGAUCCUCCUGCACAUCCUGAGCCACAUCCCCAGCACAGACCUGGUGGUGAACGUCCGGCACACCUGCCGGAAGCUCGCAGAGCUGUGCCUGGACAAGAGCCUCACCCACACCGUGCUGCUGCAGAAGGACUAUGCGGCAAGCGAGGACAAGGUGAAGCAGCUGGUGAAGGAGAUCGGCCGGGAGAUCCAGCAGCUCAACAUGGCCGGCUGCUACUGGCUGUCAGGCUCCACGGUUGAGCACGUGGCCCGCUGCCGCAACCUGGUGAAGGUGAACCUCUCCGGCUGCCACCUGACCUCCCUGCGCCUCUCCAAGAUGCUGUCGGCCCUGCAGCACCUGCGCUCCCUGGCCAUUGACGUGAGCCCCGGCUUCGAUGCCAGCCAGCUGAGCGGCGAGUGCAAGGCCACGCUGAGCCGAGUGCGGGAGCUCAAGCAGACGCUGUUCACGCCCUCAUACGGGGUGGUGCCCUGCUGCACCAGCCUGGAGAAGCUGCUGCUCUACUUCGAGAUCCUGGACCGCACGCGCGAGGGCGCCAUCCUCUCGGGCCAGCUCAUGGUGGGCCAGAGCAACGUGCCCCACUACCAGAGCCUGCGGGUCUUCUACGCCCGCCUGGCGCCCGGCUACAUCAACCAGGAGGUGGUGCGGCUCUACCUGGCCGUGCUUAGCGACCGCACGCCCGAGAAUCUGCAUGCCUUCCUCAUCUCUGUGCCUGGCAGCUUCGCCGAGAGCGGGGCCACCAAGAACCUUCUGGACUCCAUGGCCCGCAACGUCGCCCUGGACGCCCUGCAGCUGCCCAAGUCCUGGCUCAAUGGCUCGUCCCUCCUCCAGCACAUGAAGUUCAACAACCCCUUCUAUUUCAGCUUCAGCCGGUGCACCCUGUCCGGCGGCCACCUGAUCCAGCGCGUCAUCAACGGUGGCAAGGACCUCCGCAGCCUGGCCAGUCUGAACCUCAGCGGCUGUGUCCACUGCCUGUCCCCGGACUCCCUGUUGCGCAAGGCGGAGGAUGAUAUCGACAGCAGCAUCCUGGAGACGCUGGUGGUGGCGUGCUGCAACCUGCGGCACCUCAACCUCUCGGCCGCCCACCACCACAGCUCCGAGGGCCCGGGCAAGCACCUGUGCCAGCUGCUGGCCCGGCUGCGCCGCCUGCGCUCCCUGUCCCUGCCGGUCUGCUCCGUGGCUGACUCUGCGCCAUGGGCUGACUGCAAGCCCGCCCAGCCCGCCAUGCACGCUGUGCCCUGCGGCUUCGGCAAGAAGGUCCGCAUUGGCGUGCAGACGUGCCCCGGCCCCUUCUCGGGGCAGGCGGGGCCCCAGCCGUCCUCCGUGUUCUGGUCUUUGCUGAAGAACCUGCCCUUCCUGGAGCGCCUCGAGCUGAUUGGGUCCAACUUCUCCUCCGCCAUGCCACGCAACGAGCCUGCCAUCCGCAACUCCCUCCCGCCCUGCAGCCGGGCGCAGAAUGUUGGGGACUCGGAGGUGGCCGCCAUCGGCCAGCUGGCCUUCCUGAGGCACCUGACGCUGGCCCAGCUGCCCAGCAUUCUGACGGGCUCCGGACUGGUCAGCAUCGGCCUGCAGUGCCAGCAGCUGCAGUCCCUCUCGCUGGCCAACCUGGGCAUGAUGGGCAAGGUGGUCUACAUGUCCGCCCUCUCGGACAUGCUGAAGCACUGCAGGCGGCUAAAGGACCUCAGGCUGGAGCAGCCCUACUUCAGCGCCAACGCCCAGUUCUUCCAGGCGCUGAGCCAGUGCUCCGCGCUGCAGCGGCUGUGCCUGGUCUCCCGCAGCGGCACCCUGCAGCCCGAGGCCGUGCUGGCCUUCAUGGCCCGCUGCCUGCACGUCGUGGUGUGUCACAUGUUCACCGGCGAGUCCCUGGCCACCUGCAAGAGCCUGCAGCAGACCCUCCUUCGAAGUUUCCAGGCUGAGCGGCCUGCGCUGAAUGUGGUCAUCUUCCCCCUGCUCCACGAGGGCCUGGCCGACGUCAUCCGGGAUGUCCCCAUGGUGCACCUGGAUGAGAUCACCUUGUUUAAGAGCAGAGUGGCUGAGGAGCCGCCAAACCUGUGGUGGUGAUGGAUGGCCAGCACCAGGCAGAGCCCCUUCCGGGCCGGCCCCCCACCCAGGCCACCUCUGAUGCUUCCUGCCUGUCCACAGAGCCCUGACUUGCCUGCCGGACCCUGGGACCACUGGGUGGGUCACAAGAGGAAAGGAGGCAUCUCCCUGGGUACCUGGUGCCCCAGGGCUUCCGAUGCUUCCUCUUGCGUUCCCUGGUGAGGACUCCUCGCUCAGUGAACUGUGGGCUGCAACAGCGUGAGGACAGGUGGGGCAAGCUGGUGGCUGCUUCCCUCAGACCCGGCCGAGGGCGUUUUUGAACAGAGACGCAGACCCUGAUGUCCUGGCUCCCUGGGGCUCUGGCCAGGUCCCCAGAGUGCUGUGUGGCCCAUGCUGCCCCUCACUCCACCCCCCAGGAGUGUCCCUCUGCUCAUGUGUCCCUGGCCACCUGCCACCGGGCUGCAUGGAGGGGUGGCCUGAGGCCCAGGGCUGGGGGUGGCUGUGCCUGUGGGUGGGCACGCUCCCCUGUGAGAUGCACCGCCCCUUCUGGGCAGCGGUGCCACAGCGAGGAGCUCGCAAGUCUUGUGGCUGCAGAUUUGGGGCUGUCCUUCCCAGUAAGACACGAGUUCACCCAGCUGUGUCUCUGGAGUUUCCCUCCAGCUGACCUCAGACGAGGCCCGAGCAGUGCUGGGCAGCGCCCAGGGGGAGGGCCUCCCCAGCGGCUGCAGUCCCCUGCAGAGGUCCAUGUUUCUGGGGAAGCAGGCGUGUGGCUGCAUGACCGAGCCAAGAGAGGGUGUACCAGGCAGGAGCAGUGACCGGUCUCCCCGUUUCAGAUAGCUUUAUUUAGCACUUUAAAAGUUCUGCGCAGCUGUUCCAAAACCGAGGCCCGACCUCCCAGGGUCCAGGGCCUAUCCCCUCUCCCGUGCCCAGCUGCAGCCCCUACCUUCUCAGCCUCGAGGCCCUCCCAUGCUGGGCAUUGCUGGGUGGCUCCCCACGCUGGGCCUGGCUCUCGCCACCCUCUCCCUGUGGGCUGGGGGUGCAGAACCCACAAGGCCCUGCUCACAUCCCACUGCCCUGCUGGUCCUCGACCCUCCAUCUUCCCACUCUGUUUCCAUGGUGACAGUCGCCCCAUUCCGCGUAGCUCAUCCUGCAGUUGACGUGCAGUUACAGCACCAGGGACCUGGCCCCUUGUCAUCACUCCCAUGCCCUUCCCUGAGGUUGAGAAGGGCACACCGUUCCGCAGUCCUCACCCCGGGGCGCAGCCGCCAGUGCUCUGCUUCCUGAGUGCAGCCGGUCCGCCGGCCGCCAGCAGCUCCGGCUCUGCCCUGACCAAGCGGAUGGCGUGUUUGCAAAGGUGCAGCUGGGCCAGCCCCCGUCCCCAUCCCCCGGAUUUUCUGCCAUCUUCUGAAUGCAGGGCACCCUUCCCCAUCUUGGGCUACAGCUGGGGGCACUCUCUCCAGGUGAGUGCCCCCCCCCCCCGAGAUUUGCAGCCUUCACCUUUGUGGGCCUGACCCUGCGGUCCAGUCCCAUCUCUUCCUGGCCUUGAAGGCUGGAGGACGGGCUCCUGGGCCCUGAGAGGCAGGGCCGCGCCCCUGUGUGGGGCUGUGCCGCUGUAGGUGAGGGUCUGCCAGUGGGAGCACCACACUCCCCAGUGUCUGGGCUCUCCUCUCUGUGGUACCCAGAGACCACCAGGUGAGGGUGAUGAGGAAGGGUGGGAUGCAGCCCAGGAGGAAGGCAGGUGACCCAGUCGUCCCUGGGACUCCCAGGGUCCAGGCCGUCCCCACCCUGGGCCCCAGGUGGCUCUGAGUAUCCCCUCCUUUCAUCCAGAGCCCCCCGGGAAGUAACCCAGAGGCCGUGGCUGUGGUUUGAGCUCUUGCCUGACAGGCUACCCUGGCGAGUGCGCAUUUCUACCCACGAGCACCAUUUAUACCAGCAAACGGCCGGGAGGGUGCAGGCUGUGUCAGAAAGCAGGGGACUGCUCUGUGUCCCCCACAACCAUCCUUUUACCAAGAGCAAGACGUUCCGCCACUCCCGCACCCGAGACAGGAUCCACCAGAUGUUAAUAAUGUGCUUAUUCUCUCUAAGUGCCAUUUUGGCACCAGUGCUAAUUGCAAUUUAUAUUCUGCAGCAUCUACGCAGGGAAGAGAACCCACCCUAAUGGGCCCCGGUGGGCAGAGCCGGGCUGUUGGGCGGCGGACCAUAUGCUGCCUGCUGAGAGGGCCCUGGUGCGUGCGUGUCUGUGCACACACCUGUGCUCAGCUCUGUGUGUGUGGUUGGGUGCACUUGGGCACACUCGUGUGUGCAUGGUGUGAGAGAGAGUGCCAUGAGGAAGGAGAGGUUGGGCAUUUGUCCCUUUGUUAAAAGAGAGACCCCUGCCCCACCCCCACAGCCACCCUCCCGCCCUCGGCCCCAGCCAGCAGGGUUUCCCAGGGAGGGACACGGAGGCCUCAGGCCCCCUCCCUGCCCUCCGAGGCUUUGCCCAUUUCCCUGUGCUUGUACCUCUGCUCCAAGAUGAAGGGCCGAGUGGGAACACUUUCAUUUGAUGGGGGCUUUUUUUCCUGCCUCUCAGCUGCCCUUCCAAGCACUGAGCGGCCUCCAAGACCCUUCAUGCCAGGCCUUUGAGGGUGGCCCGUGUGCGCGGCGGGAGAGCACGCUCCGCUCUGGCCUGGUCUGUGGACACCUGGCUGGGGGGCGGGGGCAGGGGCAGCUCUGCAGGGCUGGGCGCUGAGGGCCACACUCCCUAGGCUGCGGGGACAGAGCGUGGAGGCCUGGGCCGGAAAAGCAGGGUGGGGGUAGGGGCCUCAGGAGGGUCUGAGUGGCACACGCAGUCCACUCGUGCCCGUGGCCCUCUGGUUCGUGCCAAGUAGGCCCCUGCCCAGUGGACGCCCCAGGCCUCGGUGGCACUGGGGCGGUGGCAGCUUCCCGCUGCCUUUUUUUGCCUUGUUUUUCCUUUAGGAUUUGAAAAUGGCUCAGACCUUGUAAGAGAAGAACGAGAAAUCUCUGGUGAGGGUGCUGACCUGCAGGUGUGGCUGUUGGCAGUGGUCUUAGGGUUUCAGCUGUGAAACCCGAGGUGGGACUGUGGGUGGGACCUGGGCGCCUGGAGUACUGUGGGCUCGCUCGAGCCCCUCCCUGCACUGCCCAGAAAGGGACAGGGUCGUGCGGCCUGGUGCCCCUGUGGUGGUCACUGGUCCCUUUGGCCCUGGGGAUUCAGGGUUCUAAUUAGCAAUGUCCAGGGUCUCCUGGGCACGCUGAACACAGAGCCACAGGAAUUAAAAAAACAGGGUGGUGUCACACAGGCCGACCAAAUGGGUGACUCAUGUUCUAAAGCUCCCCCCACCACUCCAGGGAGGUGCAGGGGCUUUGUGUCGCUUCUACAGGAGCAGGGCACCUCACACUGCCAUUCUGGCUGGGGGACCUGGGGACGUGGUGACCAAGGGCUGCCCGUCGGCCAGGGCCUGGAAGAGCAGGUCCAGGCAGGUGACCCUGGCAUGCUCACCUGUGGCGGGUGUGUGCCGGCCCCUGCAGGUGUGAGUGUGACUGGUGGCACACCAGGCGGCCCGGCUGCCUCCCUGGCCAUGGACCCCCGCGCCCCGGCCUGAGACUCAAACUGGGAAACAGCCGAGCCCAGCGUGUUUCCAGCAGGGCGGUAUCUCAGGGGGGUCUCACAGUUUGUGUGCUCGGCCAGGUACUAACUGACCGGAGGCCUGUCACCUGCCUUGGUGACAGCAGACCUUGUCCAUCUGGCGAUGCCUGCUCCUGAGUUUUGUGCUCAAAUCGCAUUUUAAAUGGGUGUUUUCAUGUAAAUUUGUGGCAUGUGAAAAGUUUCCAAUAAAGUGGGCUUGA